AUGACUAUGGCUUUUCUGUUCAGCGCGUUGGGUGCACUCACCCUCGUCAGUCGCACGGGUUGUACAGAUAAUACAAAUGGUGCUAAUAAUGGAGUUCAAGAUUUGGAAUAUCCUGAUAUAGAACUCGGACUAACUCAGCGGGGACCACACUUUGACGUGGCCUAUUCAAGAAACGUCACUGCACUCGUUGGGAAAACCGCACAACUUAAUUGCAGGGUUCACGACCUUGGUAACAGAACGGUAUCGUGGAUCAGACAUAGAGACAUUCAUCUAUUGACGUCCGGGAGAAUGACUUACACUUCCGAUCAAAGGUUCAUCAGUGUACACAAUCCACAUACAGAGGACUGGAUAUUAAAGAUAAGAUUUCCACAGCGGCGCGACUCUGGUAUCUACGAAUGCCAAGUUGGUACGACACCGCCCAUUGGACAUCGAAUGUACCUUUCGGUUGUCGAACCACUGACUACAAUACUAGGAGGUCCGGAGCUCUUUAUCAACAUGGGCAGCACUAUAAACUUGACAUGUGUUGUUCAACAUUCGCCAGAGCCACCGCCCGCGAUACGCUGGACUCAUAAUGAUGAAGAAAUAAACUAUGACUCGCCUCGCGGUGGGGUUUCGGUGAUUACUGAAAAGGGGGAGAUGACGACCUCUCAUCUCUUGGUGCAGAAGGCUCGUGCGCCCGACUCCGGCCGCUAUACUUGCGCACCAGCUAACGCAAAUCCAAGAUCUGUCCUCGUACAUGUAUUAAGUGGAGAGCACCCAGCCGCUAUGCAACAUGGUGGCCAGCUUCGUCUUCAGUACCCGCUUUCAGCAGCAUUACUUAGUGUAAUCGUCACUCUUAUGGGAUGCUAG